AUGGACUCCUGCACUUCUCCCGAAGACAAUUUGACCACUUACGUGCACGCCGGGGUCUCCCCAGACCCCGUCACGGGCGCGAUAUCCAAGCCCAUCUACCACUCCACCACCUUCGUGCAGGAAAGCGUGGAGGAGUACCUCAAGAAGGGCUUCUCUUACUCCCGCUCGGGGAACCCUACAGUCAGUGCACUAGAAGAGCGAAUGCGUGCGAUUGAAGGCGGCGCGGGGGCCGCGUGCUUCAGCACCGGCAUGGCCGCCACGCUUGCGGUGCUGACGACGUAUCUGAGCGCAGGAGACCACUGCAUAAUGCCGAUUUGCCUGUACGGCGGGACCUACCGGGCGGCGAACGAGUACCUGCGGCGUUUCGGCGUGGAGUUCGACUUCGUGGACUUCCGGGAGGCUUCGAACGUGGCGCGGGCUCUGCGGGCGAACACGAAGCUGGUGUUUGCGGAAACGCCCGCAAACCCAACUUUGCACUUGACGGACUUGGACUUGGUGGACGAGAUCCUGGCGGAAGAGGAGGUGCGGCGCGCGGGGCUGGAGGGCGCAGCAGCCGCGGCGCUGCUGCAGGCCGUUUCCGGAAAGCUGCGGCAGCGCGAACGCGCGAUCCUCUUCGUAGUGGACUCCACCUUCGCCACGCCCUUCAUUCUGCACCCGCUGGCCCACGGCGCCGACGUGGUGCUGCACUCCACGACGAAGUUCCUCGACGGCCACAACGCCACCACCGGCGGCUGCGCCGUCGCGCGCCUCCCCGCGCAGGCCCAGCGCAUUGCCUACACGCGCAACAUCUGCGGCAGCAUCAUGGACCCGCAGACGGCGUUUUACACGCUCAGCUUCGCCAUGACGCUGCCGCUGCGCCUGCAGCGCCAGAGCCGCACGGCGCUCCAGCUCGCCCGCUUUCUUGAACAGCACCCCAGGGUGCAGCGCGUGCUUUACCCCGGCCUCGACAGCCACCCGCAGCGCGCGCUGGCCCAGAAGUACCACCGCCACGGCCUCCACGGCGCCGUCCUCGGCUUCGACGUCAAGGGCGGCAUUCAGGCCGGCGUCAAGCUGAUGAACACAAUUGGCUAUCCCUUUUCGCUCUGCGAGAACUUGGGCUCUGCGCAGUCCCUCAUAACCUGCCCAGCGGUCUUCACGCAUGCGCAGCUGACGCCGGAGCAGCGCCUCGCCAUAGGCAUGUCUGACGGCUACGUGCGGCUUUCUGUGGGUUUCGAAAGUCCAGAAGACCUCAUAGCGGCCCUCGACAAGGCCCUGAACGCGCUGGAGUAG